UCACCAGUUCGAUAAUUAAACACGCGUACAAGAAAGGACAGUUCGACCAGAAGAAGAGGGUACCGUACUUCCUAUCUUUUUACGUGGAUUUUAUUUAUGAUGAUCAUAUUCACCGAAGCUGUUUAAUUUUUUCGAUGCAUAAAUCGCUCUAGCACAAGCUCUACUUCGCUGACCGUACCGGGGGACGUGAGUAAGCAAGCUUCCAUCAUGAGCAAUCCAAAUCCGUUGUCGUUGAAUUUGCCGAUCGGUAUGGACAAGUGGGUUUUGAAGAUCGUCGUGGCAACACACUUUCUCCUGACAGUAUGGGCACAACUGUUGAACUUUCUUCCACCGGGCUACCUUUACAUGAACGUCAUUAUUAUUCUGACUGGCCUAUGGGCUAUAGCAAUGCCUGAGAGUAAAGACAGUAUGCAUAUGUUCUUCAUCUUCCACAUCAUGAGUAUCCUGACUGAUAUCAUUUUCCUUGGUGUGUUCUUUGGGCCAGCGCAGCUUGCACACUGCUAUCCAUCAGGAAUAACAGGCACUUGCAGUGACUUCAGAUUCAGUGCAGGUAUGGCCAUCAUAAAUCUGAUCAUCAAGCCACUCAGUGCAAUCUUCCUGUUCAUGGAACUCCGACGGAGGGGCGGAGUCUACACAAACUUCCCCGGCCACCCAGGAUCCAGCGGCUACGAGAACAUCGACCAGCCCAUUCCGACCAAUCAGCAGGUGGAAGCUGCCCAGCCCCACCAAUCAGCAAUGGACAAGCCCUACCUACCGCAGUGAGGACACGCCUCCUAGAGCAAUAGCCAUUCACACACAAAAAUACACAUCAAUAUAUUGCAGUACUCAUGAAUAUGUAGGUUCUUGUUGGCCAUGAAUAUUCAUCAUCAAUACUCCAGUUGUCAUGAGCGUUUGGUUAUGAAUAUUCAUAGUGCACUUGUCAUGGAAAGUACAGUAUGUUAGUGAUGAAUAUUCAUAAUGAGCAUUACGGUUCUUGUUUGGGUAGUUUGACAGUGAUGCAGAAGUUGUGGUUCUGAUUUUUGAAGGAUUUGCCUCAAAUCAGUUCUAUAAGGUCCUUGCAAAAAA